GCGACGAGAGAGAGAAAGAGAGAGAGUACGGAAGAGUUUGUGAACCGAUUGUAUAAGCAUUCAUCACCAAAGCUGAUUUAAGAUGGUGACAGUGAUGAGGGAGGACGAUCUCGUCCCCAGACAGAGGAGCAGACUGCCUCUGAUGUGUGCGGUUGUUCUGGGGAUUCUAGCGCUGGGAUUUUCGUUUCUGCUGGACUCUGAUCGAUAUACUGAGAGAGUUGGACUGAUAGCUUUUUGCUUCAUGCUGGAAACAUCUCUUUAUAGCAUGUGCUUGUUUGCAGAGGAGUGGAUUUUCCAUUUAAAGCAACGGUAUCAUGGUCAAAUAAGGAGGAUAGUUGAGGCAUGCUUUAAUGGACAUGUCUUACUGGGAAUGUUUGUCAUUUCCUUGAUGUUAAAGUUGGGUGGAGUUUCGUUUUCUUAUGUGCAUCUGAGCACCAUAAGCCUUAAAUGUGCAGUUUACUUGUUCUCUAAGAGCCUUUCGGUCCUGGGCCCUGCUCCUGCGGAGAUCUCAGAAAUCUGUGAAGUAAGGAAAAUGAAUGUGGCACAUGGCUUGGCCUGGUCAUUCUACUUUGGCUACCUCAAAUUUGUGCUUCCAGAUCUAGAUGAGAAAGUCAGGAACUUCAACGCCACAAGGAUGAGACUAAGCUCUCCUCGCCUCCAUAUUCUUCUGCCCCUCAAUGCUGCAGCCCCAAACAAACCAGAAGAUGAAGACAACCACGUGGUCUUUCAUGAGAACCUUCCAGAACUACAGCUAAACAGAGCAGGGGUGCGACAACGCAGCUACAAGAACAGCGUUUAUAAAAUCACAGGCCAGAAUAAUGAGACAUAUUACUGUGCCUUGGAAUAUGCCACACCACUACAGACACUGUAUAUGAUGUCCCAGGACAGAGAUGCAGGAUUCGGAGAAAAAGAAAGAAAAGAACAAGUCUUGCUUUUCUACCGAACCCUCAGCCAAAUUCUGGAAAAUGACCUUGAUUGUCGAAAUCGGUUCCGUCUUGUACUGAUCAACGAUGAGCACACUGGCGAGCCACAUUACCUCUCCAGAGAGAUCAUUCAGCACCUGACACAACAGGAAGGAGAGAUCCACAUGAAUCCAAUCCAAGAGAAUCUGGUUCAUCCUCUUCCAGAAGAUAGAGUCAUGAGAGAUGUUUAUGGUGCAGCUGGAGAAGAUCAGAUGAGCAGCGAUCCGACCCUCAUGUUCAGUAUCCCUCAAUCCUUGAGAUCAGAGCCAGUAGAAACUACUGAUAAUUACGGCCAAUAAAGUACUAGAAGAGACUCCUGUGUCAGUCACGAUUUAGGGUUUUGAAAAAUAAAAGUUAUUUAUGAGCUGUGCUCCAUUUUUAAAUGAA